CUUUUCUUGGAUGCAAAGGAAGUGGAAAAACUUCAUGAUUUUGAGGAGGAGUGUGUAGAAGAUUACUGUCGAGAGAAGAAGAUUGAAGAGAGCAAGCAGGCUGAAGUUCAUUUGGGGAAUAUCAGUUCAGGAAUCGCUGCAAUGGAAUAUCGUCUCAAGGAAGUCCACCUUCGACAGCAGCAGCUUCGAGGCGACAUCCAUACCAUUCAUGAUGAGGUUCUAGCCGGUCGGGAGGAAGUCAUAUCUAAACUCUAUGAGAAUAGAACCGGUUCCCAAAGAGAUCUUCUUCCUGGAGGCGCUGUAGAUUUAGCUUUACUUGGAUCUGUUGUUUGGCUCCUUCGAAACAGCAUUGACAGAGAAAACGUUCCAGUCACUGAAGAUAAUUACUUCGAUGACAGAAGCAAUAGUGGGGUUCAAAGGCGUCGACAUCACCUUGGAGACAACGAUGUGACCUCUGUUCGAGCACAUUGUCGGCGUCAAGCGUGUCAACAAAAUCGACCCAAAUUCUCCUCUAAGCUCUCUUCACACACAGAGGAAGACGAUAUUGAUGGCAAUGAGAUGCGCGAGAUUCAAGGCACCGAUUCAGAAGUGCGAGAUUAUUCCACUGAGAGGAUGUUUAAUCGGGGAGCGACCAGGCAAGCACGUCGUCUAAGACACGAGAAAUUCCGCCAACAAAGACGCAAUGCAAUGGGUCUUGACGACGGUGAUAGCGACGACGAUCUGGAAAUGCCUCCAGAAUCAGCUCACACUGCUAAUGAUUGGCUUCGUCUCCUAGCCGAACGCAUCCUGGAGCAACGAAAUUUGGCCAAAUUCAGACCAAUUGAUCUUGAAUCACUCGGUAGACAACAACAACAGCGUUCAUCCCAGAGACAUGGACUUAUUCGGCACCGAUCAUCCCUCUCUCAAUCGCCAAGUCUUUCUGCCCAAACAUCGUCAGUUCCUUAUUCACGUCCAUUUGAUGGAAUCCACAUAAGUCCAUCUACCCCGAACAGUGUCGGUAUUCGACAUUCCCAUCGUGGCAUUCCUACUAUCCCACACAUCGCCGCAAAUCGUGAAUAUACUACAAUUCUAGAUGAUAUUGAUAUUUCCCAACUCCUCCAGCCUGACAGUCCAACGACAAGUCCUAUGGGUUCUCGAACCGAUCUCCAACAAAUUCCUGCAAUUACUGUCAGCGGACCGGCUACGGCUAAGCAUGGAAAGAGGCGACGAGGUACCCGUUUCGCAAUUCCUUCCUUUGGUGCCGAUCAGCAACCUGGUUUUGAAUUGGGUGUACCCGAGACGAAGAGAAAUCGACAUAGACACCAUAAACAUCGUGAGAGGCGAAGUCCUUCAGUCCCAACUUUUGCUCCUCCGAGGGCUGAGAAUGAGAGUCCCAUUGCGAGCACAUCUCUUGAUCAUCUAGUACCAGAUGCACCUGCAAUGAGCCAUCAGCUCUGCCGUUCUUCAUUCUCGAAUGCCCACCCACCAUCUCUCCGCUCUUCGCAGAAUUUCUUGGAUGAUGAGGGAAUGAUGAGUGCAAGAGACGUCUCUGACGAGAAUAUCUUCGCUGUGGAAAAGGAGGAUAAUCAACUUGCCGAUGAAGAUUCGAAUACUCCUAAAGACCCACUGCACCUUGCUGAAGCCGCGGAAUGGAAUGAGUUGGAGGGCGUUGUUAUUCGUCGAUUGCGUCAACUCUCAGUGGCGAUGGAAGAAGAAGCGCCUUUUGUUGCUGUCCCUCCGCAAGAUGAAUCUGAAUAUUGUGAUGAUGGAGCAACAACUAUUCCUCAUAUUGCCGAUGCUCAGACAAGUGCGAAGAAUAAUUCCGGAACGUCAGAUGACGUUUGGAAUGCUGCCGCCACUGCAUUAGAAGAAGCAACUACUCAUGGCGUUGAAGUAGUGGAUCCCGAUUUAGAUCUUGAUUAUAUUCCCUCUGAGGUCCCCAUGGUUGUUGAUUCUUUGCACCCUGUGAAACCCACUUCUCCAACUGCUUCUACGGCUCAUGGGGAUGGGCAUGGCUUCAAUGGUGAGGAAAGUGGUGGCACGUCGAAUCGAAGACAUCAUUCGCAUCGCUUUCACCCAUCUCAUCAUCCUCAUAUCUAG